CUGCAGAAUGCAUCCCAGUGCCCUUGUUGGUCUUCUGGCCUUUGCGGCCGCCGCCUCGGCCAUUCAUGCACAGCCAGCCGAUGCGCACUCCAACCAGUCAAUCAACAAUCUCAAGUCUAAGAUCAAGAAUGUGGUCAUCCUGGUGAUGGAGAACCGCUCCUUUGACAACCUCCUCGGUGGGCAGAAGCUCAAGGGCCUGGAAAACCCGGUCAAUACCGGCCCCUACUGCAACCCCUACAACCUCACCGACCCUAGCCAGGGCGUUGCCUGUUCUGCCGCCAAGGACUUUGACUCCAUCACCAAUGAUCCCGACCACGCCAUUUAUGGCAACAACAUCGAGUUCUAUGGCACCUUCAACCCGGACAACACUCAGAUCGCCGAGGGCAAGCUGGUUCCUCACAACCAAGGCUUUGUUCAUGAGCAAGUCCGCAAGUAUGGCGCCAAGGUCAACAAGACCAUCCUCGCUGCUCAGGUCAUGAACUACUACACCGAGGAGCAGGUCCCUGUUCUGACCUCUCUGGUGCAAAACUACCUGACCUUCAACCACUGGCACUCGGAUAUUCCUGGAAACACCGACCCCAACCGUGCCGCUCUGGUUUCCGGUACUUCCCUCGGCCACGUUCCCCAGCGGUCCAUCUUCCAGCAGUUGACCGAGACCGGUCACUCGUGGAUCAACUACGUCGACCCUGCCGGCGGUACUGGUCCCGAUGCAGGCUUCUUCAACUGGACCUAUGCCACCAACAACCAAGACAAGAUCCAGCCCCUGGCCAAGUUCUACACCGACGCGGCGGCUGGUGCCCUGCCUGAAUUGGCGUAUCUCAACCCCUCUUGCUGCGGAGUCGGCACCACCUCCAUGCAUCCCGCCGGCCUGAUUUCCGACGGUGAGGCUUUCAUCAAGAAGGUGUAUGAUGCUCUGCGCGCCGGUCCCCAGUGGGAGGAAACUCUCUUCAUCCUGACCUUUGACGAGAGCGGUGGCUUCCACGACCACGUCCCCGCUCCUCUCGCCCCUCGUCCGGAUAACCAGACCUUUACCCUCAGCACCCCCAGUGGCCUGGACUACACCUUCCCCUUUGACCGUCUGGGUGGUCGCAUCCCGACUUUGCUGAUUUCCCCCUGGGUUGCCAAGGCACAGGUCGAGCAGAAGGGUAGAAAUGCUCGCGGCGAGACUGUGUCGUACUCGGCUGCCUCCAUUCUGCGGACUCUGGGCUACCUCUGGGACUUUGAGCCCUUCACUCCUCGGGUCGAGCAUGCGGCGUCAUUUGAGCACUUGAUUCGUUAUGAUGCUCGGAAGAACACUCCCUCUGCUCUUCCUCCUGCGGUUCCUUUCCGGAAGUAG